GGACCUACAAGAAGACUUACAGUUAAGAGUGCAUUUACUAGCGCUUCUGUACAAGAUCAGAUUAUUCGCUCGUCAUGUCAUAUACUUCAUAUCAGUGCAUUUUGCUUUUCAUCUGGGGUUUACAGCCGACACUGCACGAAAAUCUGAGUGAUCAAUUGGAUGGACGGUUGCAUUAACGUGAGGGAGAAAAAAAUUAGCCUCUGGAUUUCAAUACGAUGCUUUUAAUGGAAGAAUACUGUUACAGAAGAAAUAAUAGGCUGCGGUCAGCAGAUGAACAUCAUUAUGCUGUUGAAGCCAAGAAAAUUAAACAACAUACUUAAUAAGAGAAAAGAACAUCAAUAAAAGCUGGAACUGAACAGACAGUUUUUUUUUUAAUAUAUUUACUCUUUUGAAUAUCAAAAUAGAUUAUAUUCAGCUUUUUAUUCUCCACCACCUAUUUAUUUCCGCCUCAUCACAUCUUCUGUGUAAAUACUCACAUCAAGAGGACUAAUCAUGCAGGAAAAUGUGAGCUCCAGAAUGGACACCCCCACUAACAUCUCCCUGGUGGGGUCUGGGGAUGCUGUGUCCGAGUCCCUGGAGUAUAAGACGGUAUCUGUGUUCCUGGUGCUGCUGGUGUGUGGCGUGGGCAUAGUGGGAAACGUCAUGGUCGUGCUGGUGGUUCUUACCACACGGCACAUGCGUACACCCACCAACUGCUAUCUGGUGAGCUUGGCCGUGGCCGACCUGAUGGUCUUGGUGGCCGCGGGUCUGCCCAAUAUCUCAGAGAGCUUGAUGGCCACCUGGGUGUAUGGGCAUGCUGGGUGCCUGGGCAUCACCUACUUCCAGUACCUUGGCAUUAAUGCAUCCUCCUGUUCAAUUACAGCCUUCACUGUGGAGAGAUACAUCGCUAUUUGUCACCCAAUGAGGGCUCAAACGGUCUGUACGGUAUCCCGAGCCAAACGCAUCAUUGCCGGAGUGUGGGCUUUCACCUGUGUAUACUGUAUGCUCUGGCUGUUCCUGGUGGACAUCCAGGUGAACCCUGACGGCCGUGUUCAGUGCGGCUACCGUGUCUCUCGAGACCUCUACCUGCCCAUCUACCUGAUCGACUUCGCCAUCUUCUACGUGAUCCCGCUGCUCCUGGCCAUCGCUCUUUACGGUCUCAUCGCCCGAAUCCUUUACCUCAAUCCUCUGCCCCACCCACCAGACUCAGGUACCAUUAUCGCCCCCACUCUCAGGAGGAGCUGCAAAGAACCAGCGGACGCCGGAAAAGCAGGUCGCCAGGGACGCCCAAAGAGCGCUCUUUCUUCCCGGAAACAGGUCACUAAAAUGCUCGCAGUGGUGGUUGUGCUCUUCGCCCUGCUGUGGAUGCCAUACAGGACCCUGGUUCUUAUUAACUCCUUCGUGAGCACGCCAUACCUGGAUGCCUGGUUCCUGCUCUUCUGCAGAACCUGCAUUUACGCUAACAGUGCGAUCAACCCUGUCGUUUACAACCUGAUGUCCCAGAAGUUUCGCUCAGCUUUCCGUGGGCUGUACCGCUGCCAUAGGGAAGACGUGCAUCAGCGGACGCUCUCCAUGCUCCAGAGCGGAUACAACCUUGGAAGGGACUCCCGAGUUUGCAGCAACACCAACGGCACACCUAGGAAAACCAGUUCAGUCACUCCUGAGCAGAAACAAAACAAAGGCAUGGUGAACGACAAGGAAAAUAAAGACAAGCUAAUUAGUGAUGGUGUAAAAAAUGAGAUUGAGCCGAGCAUCAAGAAAAACGCAGUUAAAAACUGCAAUGUAGAUGAACUGAAAAGCUCAGCUGACAAAGAGAUGCCUACAGUUGAGAAUGUGGACAUGAGCAAGAUUAAUGAUAAUGGGAAAAUAAUGGAGGAAAGCGAUAAUACCGCUCAGGGUAUUAUCGCUGUCAUGAGCAACACAGAGCAGACACAGCUAGAUGCCGAUGAAUUCAAAUCUACUGUGGGGGAAGCCGAACAGAAUGACACAGAGUUAAAUCACAGCAUUGUAUAGAUCGCUCCACUUUAUACUGUAUAUAUUUCAUUGAAGUGGCAUGGUUGAUCGGUUGUUUAUUUUAAAGCCAUAUCUUGGGUUUCAAAACUUGUAUUUACAGGCGUCAUCCUCACUCUUCAGUGGAUGACUGGAGCCACUCUCUCCUCAUAAUUUACAAGUGGAACCAUUUGGCUGUCAGCACCAGAAUCCCAUGCCUCCUAGUGCUAGAGCUUCAGCUAGGACUGACUGAUUUGUUACAAAACAUAUUAUUUUGAAGAAACAUUUAACAUCUCAUAUUGCUGCUGCUUAAGCGAAUAGACAUUGAAACAGCACCCAAUGACUCUUGAGGAUGAAAUAACCUACAGAACCUUUAAAUGGCAUCAUACACUGAAGAACUGGGGAUUACAGACCACCAGGCUUUCAAGACAUAUUAAAGAAAACAUGCAGAAACAUAUACGCUUCAUUGCUAGGAGAUGCGUGACAAAUGAAAGCAAUGUGUGCUCUAAAAUCAGUUUAAAAUAUUGAAUAUUUUUGACAUCUUUCGAUGGAACUAUUGCUAAUUCUUCCAGACUGCAAGUCAGAGCAAAUAUCUGAGAAUAAAAUAAUGUAGUGUAUUCCAAUAAAUUCAAACUGGGGUUUUCCUUAAAGGGAAAGUUCACUCACCAUCAUGCUGAUCCAAACCUGUAUGACUUUCUUACUUAUGCGGAACACAAAAGAAGAUAUUCUGAAGAAUGUUUCAUUCAAUUUUAUUAGACCCAGUUGAGUUUCCUAGUAAAGUUUCCUAUAAAAAAAAUCUGCUUCCAAUAUAAAUGAUUAUUGUUGCAAUGGAAAUUCAUCCUAUUGAUAUUCUAAAUGUAUCUCAUUGGUCUUAUUGUGAAUGAUUCAUCCAUGCAUGUUUGUUUAUUUAUAUAUUUAUUUUAUUUCAUUUUACCUUUUACGUUUUUCACCAAAAUGUGGAACUGGAUCUUCCCGUGACACGACAAACUUCUACAAUCAUUUAGUCUGCUUAAGCCCCGCCCCUUUGUUCUGUUUUCAUUCCAUCAGCAACCGAUGAAUAGAACCAAGACCUCACCCUUGAGUUUUCUCUUUUUUUGAUAAACUGUUUCAUCCAGAUAUAAAUCACAAUACAGAAGAAAAUAUCUAUCAAUACUUCCAUUACGUCACUUUACAUACAGUUACACUUGAGUCUCCUUUAGAAGAACCAGCUUCUUUCCGUUGACCCAAAAGUGAACUCCAGUCAAGUAAAAACCAACAAAAAAAAGACACACAUAAAACAGUAUGCUUCUUCACUUUACAAACUAAAUAUUUAAAUGAAAUCUCAGCCUUUUAUUAAUCACACAAUGCCAUAUCACAAUUUUGACUUGAAUAGAAUUAACUGUGCAGCCUUAGCUCCAGGAUGUGUCUUGUCUCAACACAAAACUUUUUUACCCACUUUGGGUCUUCAAACUCAGCGGAAUGAGAAACAAACAAGCCUCAUCCUGCUUUCAAAGCACAGACAAAUUAAACCCCUUAAAAACAUUCAGGAUGCUACGGGGCAUAAGAUCCAUUUAAAAUGCUUUUGUCCAACAAUAAGGCCUGAAGCGUCAUGAAACACUUGGGUUUUCCCACAGCCAACAUUUGCCAUCACUGGAUGAAUUCCAUAGUACGUGGAGAUCUAAUGCCUCGCCAUUUGUUCCAGCCCAAAUAAACAGAGCCUGUUCUGUGUGCCCAGAGGUACGUCGGAGCUUUUUAGACCCCAUUUACAACCUAGUGGAAGAUGAGCGAAGCCAGGCAUCCAUUUGUCAGGUGUAGUUAUUCAUCUUUUUAUGUGGAGCGCAAGAAACACCUUCCACGCCGAACAGAGCCGACGGUUUCUGCUGAAGCAAGCAGACAGAUGUAACCAUAAAUCAUCUCUAAACAGAUCAUAUCUUUCCCGGAUGAAGGCGGUGGAGCUGAAGCAUAUUCUCAAAGCACUUUGUUGUUCAGCAAGUGCUAUUUUAUGUGUUUUAAUGCCUCGUAUAUAAUACUCAACAUCGAUGUGAUUAUCUGUUAUAAAUCAUCAUUUUCUGAUGCUGUCAAGACUUUGACAGUCAUUUUCUAGUUGAAAUGUGAACCCUGUGUUGUUAUUUUAGUACGCCAUUAAGUCUAACUGCUCGCUCAAGUGUUUUGUUGUUGCUCUGGAGAAAAAUGCAGCUCUGCACUGAAGCACUGUUUUCAAGAUCAGUUGAAUAUGACAGUUAUGUACCGUGAAUAUGCUUACUACAAAUAUGUUUAUUCAUUUUCUGCGUAUAAUUUGAUGUUUUGGGUUUCUUUCAUCAAUGUAAAGAAGCAUUCGAAAGAACAAAUGUAUAAUACAGUACUUAACCUAUGAGUUCUUAGACUACGCUUGUCUCUUUCUCAUGAUGUUUCACAAUUGUUGAUUGCUGCGGUUUUUAGUCUUGUUUCUGUGCCAGGAGUGGAUUUUCUCUGCAGGCUGAUGCUUCGCUUGGUGUUGCCCGAAGAAGACAUUUCCAAUUUGUGAGCCUAUCGAGCUUUAUUAUUAGCUGCUAUUUAUACAUGAUCUAUUUUGAAAACCAUGGUUGAUAUUGUGUUGGUAUUGCAAUGAAGGAGUGGAUGCCGAUUUGCCAUAUCCUUCAUACUGAUAUUAAUUAUUUUAUUACAUGAUUUCUUGUUUGACUAUUAAUCAAGUUAUAGCAAGAGUGAAAUGUGUAACCUUAUGUGUGCUGUAUUUCUUUUCCUCAAGAUUAAUGUCCACAUAUUAUGUGUGUGUAUCCAACCGUAAUGAUAAGACACUCGCCAGUGCUAGAAAGCCUUGAAUUUUAGAUAAGUUCUCUGUGUACGUGUGUUAGUAUCUGUCUGUACAGGGAGAAGCUCAGACAGUCCCAGGACAAACGAUCAACUGCCAGUGUCCAGCAUAUCAGAUAUACGUCUUUGGAGAGUUUUAUCUAGGUUUUGGAACCAAUCAGAAUUUUGUUGACUCAUGUAUUGACGCAAUUAGUAUCCUCUGUCAGGGUAUAACUGUGGUUGAUUUUGUAUUGUACUGGGGGCGGCCUGCGAACUCCUUCGAGAGUGUUGAAGCUGACUUCUGCUGAUGAAAUUGCAAACUAUUUUCUCCAAGUAAAAUUAUUAUUAUUAAUUGAACUCAUCUCUGAGUCCUGGUCUUCAUUGCGACAUAUCUGGUCCUUGGGUUUUAACUGUAAAUUCCCCUACAGUUAAUGGUGGAGAAUGCGGGCAAUAGUUCUUUGGUGACAUCCCUGAUCAAUCAUCAAACCAAGGUAGGAAAGAUUUUAGAUUUAAUAUUAUUGGUUAGGGACUGUCUGUAAGUGGAGGGGGUCGAGAGAAGGAGGAACGAUAGACUCACUCAGACGUGAGGGGGUAGACACCAGCUCCAGGGUGGAGUAGGUAAAUUGGUGUCACAAUAUACCUGUAAAUAAGUAACCUUGUGAGUAUAAGGGGUUCAAGUACACAUCGGUAGGUCUUGAUAUAAGAUAUUUAGAGAUGUGUACAGUUACAGAGGAACAGGUGCACACCUAUACGUCUUAGAGAGAGACGUAAAAAUUUUGUUUCUAGGUGUGCACAGUCCAGGGGGGGACAAAAACGCAUUCUUAACAGGCAUGUGAACCCGUAAAGGACAGUGCUGGGUCAAAGCACAGAGAGCCGAAAAGCACGAGAGGCCAUAAAGGGCAGUGCAUUUACGGCCGGGUAAGCCAAAGUAGGGGUAUGGGAAAUCCCGAGAAGAAUGUAAGACGCUAGACGGGGGUUCUAGUCGUAUCUCGCUCUUCCAACUCUCGAUCACCCACCAUUACAGACAGGGGCGCCCCGAGCUUAGAAAUAGGCCAGGUCAGUGGUUAGGGAAAAGAGUAUCCAAAAUUAGUGUUUAAAAAUAAAUAGUGAUAAUUCAUAUGUGCACCUAUAAAAAUAUAGGGAUAUAUGCAAAGGGAAAGUAUUGAUUGAUCUGGGAUGCCUCAGGAACAACCCCAAAAGAGCUAAAAUGUAGUUUUCAUGACCCUGAUUGGAUUGGACCAGUAUAUGGAAAUUCUGGAAUAUACUUUGCAAUUUCAUCACGCGGAAGUCAAGUGCUGUUGGUAAGAUCGCCGCCUCAAUAUGUUUUUGGUUUAUGAUAGAAAUAUGACUGACAAAUUAGGUAACCUGGUCAGCCCUGAUAGAAAUAAUGAAACAGAAGAGAGCAAAUGCUGUAAACAGUUUGGCUCUGAAGCUCUGACUUUAAAAAAAUAUAUAUAUUCUCUGAAUUCAUUUAAAGAAUGAUCAGUCUGAGCUUUAAUUCUGAUUGUAAUGUUAAAACAAAAACUUGAUUGGCUUUAAACUUAGAAAGAACCUGAGAAAUAAACAUUUAUAAAUGUAUGUGCCGAUUUGUUAAAAAUAAUCCCAGAAGUAACUGAGUGAUGAUUUAAUCUGAUUCUCUGUGCAUAGAAGGUUUAAAUGACAAAGAAUGAUAUCAUAAGACCUGUUCCAGUUCCUAUAUAAUUGUUGAAAGUCCUGACAAGGAAUACUGAACAGAAUUCUGGGUUAGUGAAAAAAAAAAAAACUGUAGGCACACAAAUUGGCAGUGGCAUUUUGGAAAAACUUAGAAGCUUAUGUUUUGUUAAAAAAGAUAAAAUUACUUUGACUACAAUGAAGCCGUUGUUUUAUCUCAUGCUGGCCCCCACCAUGACUCUGGCUUAAGCUUUGAAAGUACCAGAGACAUGUUCUGAGUAAAAAAAAAAAAAAAUGUAAUUUCUAUAUUUACUAA